CAAAAACACGCGAUCGUUCGUGUCGGCUCAUUUCAUUUUAUGUUUUCUGUCUUUUAUUUGUGCCUGAUGCGUUUCGCUGCUGUGGAGCGGGGCACAUCACCUGUUUUGUCCUCUGGUGACGCACCUCACUGGUGCGGCCGGCGCGCAGCGCGCACUCCACUGUUUUUGCGGUCGGUAGAUCCUUUAGAACUGCAGUUCAAAGGUAACUCGUAAGGUGAAUAUAUAUGAAGUCAGGUAGCAGUUUUUCUUUAGGAUUGAGAGGAGAUGCAGGAAGAUGAUAAACAGAGACAGGACAGAAACAUAGUCAAAUAAAAACACGUUAGUUUUUGUACCUGGUGGUUGCAACAAACAGAAGGUAAUCAGAAGUGAGGAACAGAAAAUGAAAUAAUUAUUUUAAUGUUUAGAGCAGCAGAAACUCUGAGAGGCUGCAGGUGCAUCAGUGGCAACUGGUUCUUACAUACUACACCUUUAAACCAUCUGGCCGUUUUUUUCUCGAACUAAAGCGUACUUGGGUCUCACAAAAUACUGCACAAGGACUAAAACUGUGAUAUUUUGCUUUUUAACUUCUAAUCAAUUCUACUUAUGUUGUCAAAACGUUUCUUUUAGUUUUAAUGGCUUUUUUGUCAUUGAAUGUAAUUAGCCACAUCAUAUUAUACAUUUUAAAAUGACUAGUUUUAAAGUGGCUAGGGUAUUUCUGUAAACUGAGCUUUAGUUUAAAAACAUUAUUAUUUAUUGAUAAUGCAGGUUGAAGCCGAUUAACAUAAAUCUGAUGUUGUGUUCGGUGCUGAGCCCUGGUUUUAGUUGUUGUCCUGCUGGUGGCUGUCCAUGGUGCUGAAUUCUUCCCUAAACACACUCCUACACACUCGGUCUUUUAUUGGUGACUGCUUCGCGCAUGCGAACAAGUAUUCCGAUGCCACUCGCUUAAACAGAUGGCCACAUUAAAGCCAGCAGAUAUUUCACACAAACACGAAGCAAAAACGCCAGCUUCCAGAUUGAUCUUCAGCCUCUCCCGUCUCCACGCAACAGGCUGCAACACCGAUGUGCCACCUGUAACUGCGCCUCCAGCUCAUGCCGACGCCGAGGAUGAAGAAGCAAAACGUCCGGACCCUGUCGCUCAUCCUCUGCAUGUUUUCCUACCUGCUGGUCGGCGCCGCGGUGUUUGAUGCGCUGGAGUCCGAGACUGAGAGCUCCCGUAGGCGCGUGCUGGAGCAGAAGCGCAGCGAGAUGAAGAAGAAGUACCGCUUCUCUGAGGACGACUACCGUGAAAUCGAGCGCGUGGUGCUGCAGGCUGAGCCGCACCGCGCCGGGAGACAGUGGAAAUUCGCUGGCUCCUUUUAUUUUGCUAUAACAGUCAUCACCACUAUUGGUUACGGACACGCUGCACCAGGCACAGAUGCAGGAAAAGUCUUCUGCAUGUUCUAUGCAGUUCUCGGCAUCCCUCUCACCCUGGUCAUGUUCCAGAGCCUGGGUGAAAGGAUGAACACGUUUGUUCGCUAUCUUCUGCACAAGAUAAAGCAGUGCUUUGGGUUUCACCACACAGAGGUGUCCAUGGAGAACAUGGUCCUAGUGGGCUUGCUGUCCUGCAUUGGAACUCUGUGUGUGGGAGCUGCAGCCUUUUCCCACUUUGAAGGAUGGAGCUUCUUCCAUGCCUACUACUACUGCUUCAUUACACUCACCACUAUUGGCUUUGGGGACUUUGUAGCCCUGCAGAAAAAAGAGGACCUGCAGAAAAAGACACCCUAUGUGGCAUUCAGUUUCAUGUACAUUCUGGUGGGGUUAACUGUGAUAGGGGCUUUUCUUAACUUGGUGGUGCUGCGUUUCCUCACCAUGAACACGGAGGAUGAGAGACGUGAUGCUCAGGAGAGAGCAUCACUGAGGAGAGACAGAGGCCUUUUGGGGGGGGCUCUGAGCCUCCAUGUUAUAGGAGAACAAAGCAGAGACAACCACCGAGAGAGGAAUAAGGGAACUAUGGUGCACAGUCACAGCCACAGCACACUUUUCCUCCCUAUGCAGGAAGGAACCAGUCGCACCAACCUCAUUUCCUUCCCAGCAGAGGAUCCGGGAACUCGAGGAAGCCCAUGCAGGCAGAGGCUGCAUGAGACAAGCCUCAGCUCUCUGUGCUCCUCCUGUGUGUGUUACCGCUUAGAGGCUUGUGACAGCCCUCUUGUGACACGCGGUGAACCCCACGGCUGCCACAUAAACCCUGUGUACUACAACUCAGUUUCUUAUAAGAUCCAAGGCUACUCACCAAGAUCCAGGGACAACACUGGACUGUCCUCUCCUGGAAGCACACUGUCACCUGGGCAUAGCUUUCAGGAGUUCCCCCAGAUAAGGAGAAAUUCAGUUUGAAGACUGAAAACGACAUCGUCACAAACAUAUUCCUGUGCAUGUUUUGGCUGUUGUAAGUGAUUUUCUUUGCAAAGCACGAGUGUUUCGUUUUCUAUGUUCAUUCAUGUGAAGCUAAUCCUGCCAUUUUGCUUGCAUGAAAGUGAAAAGCAUGCUAAAGAGAAUGUAAAGCGCACAAUGUCAAUGCAUGAAUGCUGCAUACAACUUUCUACAGUUUAGACAGAAUUGUUUUUAACUAUUGCAAUGAUUGCAUGGUUUUAGUGAAGUUACAGCCUUUAAUUUCUGCUUUAGUCAUGCAAACAAAACAUUUUCAUGCCACAACUGAAAGAUGUCAUUCUACUUUUCUAUUGAAAAAGCCUUAAAGACCUUUGGCCAGUGAUGUCAGAGAUGUGGUUUAUUGGAUCAUACAAAUACUUUUACUAGAUGGAGGGGUUUGGAGUGGAGUGUGUUACAUGGACACAUCAGCACUCUGACAAAAAGAUACUUUUUCAAAAUUUUAAUCGACUUAAAUGGAUGUAGCACACAACGUAUCUGUAGCAGGUUUUACAACGUACUUCAUCAUUCAGAAAAACUGAACGUGUUGCAGUGAGGGACUCAGGAUGAAUGUAAGUCUCUUACAGUAAUGCUCUAUUGAACCAAAGGAGGGAAACAUACAGUCUGAGUUUUUUUAAUGUAAAAUGUUGUCUAUUAAGGAACAUUUUUCAUGUGAGUUAUUUUAAAGCUUCUGUCCUCAUUGUCUUCCUCUGCUGCUGUGCUUUUAAUUUCUGAGGACGACAUCUUGUAAAAAUGAUUUUGAUUCUUUUCACCGACUGUUUAAAAGGUACAAAUGGACAAGUUUGCUUAUAAAAUAAAGAUGUUCAAAGUUA